CUCGCAGACUCGGCCCAACGCUCGCCCGAAGUUUUGCCAGACGAAAUCCUCGUUCGCGUUCCCGGUCCGUAGCCGCCUCCGUAACGACUACAAACCGCUCUAACCGCCAAGUGCAAGGAGGGUGGCGACAACAGGGAGUACACUACUCUAGCCGCCAUGCGCAAGAGGGCCGCCAAGCACAACGUGGCAUACAAGAAGGAACCUCCUCCCUUCGUGAUAUAUGAUACCGACAGCGGUGUGUGCGAGGACAUGAUCAUCUGCGCGUCGACUGUCGACGAGCAGCAAACGUGCUAUCUCGGAGAGAAUCAUAUGGGGCCAAGUACAAUCCUGGAUUCCGAUUUUCUAGGGCAUGUCGGCCCCGCCCUUCUCGCUCUGUAGAUUGCAAGCUUCAGUGGGUACUAUACCACUGGGCCUCUCUCUUCUAACUACCUAUCUGUACGUAGGGUGGGAAAGAGACAGUCACUCGUAGGUAGAUCGAAAUAUACUGCCCUGCACUACUG